AUGGCUCUUCGUUCCUCAGGUAUCAGCGGAUACGUCGUCAAAGACAAGACGAAAACCACCGCCGGCGAGACCAUCAUCAAGCCUAAGCCGCACAUUCAGCGCGAUGCGUCCACACGCCUCGAGAUCAUCGUCGUAGGCGCUGGCCUAGGCGGCGUCGGCAGCGCCAUCGCGCUCCUCCUCGCCGGCCACUCUGUCACCAUCCUCGAGGCCGCCGCGCAGAUCGCCGAGGUGGGCGCCGGCAUCCAGGUCCUGCCCAACAGCAGCCGCGUGCUGCAGGAAUGGGGCCUCCGGGACAUGCUGGAUCGCUAUGCCACCGAGCCCAGCCACGUCAACAUGCUGGGCUGGAAGGGCAAUCUCAUCAGUCGCAUGAGUACCGCCGAGUCUGCCGCGCCGUAUCCUGGCACCGUGUACUGGGAUUUCCAUCGUGCGAAUCUGCACAAGUGUUUGGUGGAGAGGGCGGUGGAGCUGGGCGCGAAGUUGGAGGUCAAUAAAAAGGUGUCCGAUGUGCGGCCGCGAGAGGAUGGGGCGACGGUGGUGCUAGAAGGGGGCGAGGAGUGGCGAGCGGACUUGGUUGUGGGUGCGGAUGGGAUAGCUAGCAGGCUGCGAGAGAUCAUGGUGGGUAAGCCUGAUCCGCCAACACUGACGGGGGACCUGGCAUACCGGUUGCUGCUCAAGACAGAGGAUAUGAAGAAGGAUCCCGAGCUGCGGAGCUUCAUUGAGACACCGCAGGUGAACUAUUGGCUAGGGCCAGAUGCGCAUGCAGUCAACUACGUGCUGCGCGGAGGCGAACUGUUCAAUAUGGUCCUGCUGGUGCCGGACGACAUGCCUGAGGGAGUCAACGUCACGCCGGGUAAUGUGGCCGAGAUGCAAGCCUUAUACAAGGACUGGGACCCCCGAAUAGUCAAACUGUUGGCUCUAUGCGAGAGCGUCCACAAGUGGCGCUUAAGCAUACGAGAAGGCAUGGACUGCUGGAGUCAUCCCAGCGGCAGCUUUACGCUGCUCGGAGACGCAGUGCACGCCACGCUGCCGUACCUGGCGUCCGGAGCGGGCAUGGCACUGGAGGACGGCGCCGUGCUCGGCGAGCUCUUUGCCCGAAGCAAGAAUCCCAAGGACCCGGCCGAGAGGCGUAGGCUGCUCGAGCUGUACGAGAAGUGCCGAAAGCAAAGAACAGAGAUGGUGGUACGAAGGGGGAAUUUGCAGCAGUGGCUGUAUCAUUUGCAUGACGGCGCAGAGCAGCAGGAGCGGGAUCGUAAGAUGCAGGCGAUGGAGCCCGGCGAGGCACUGGCAUGGCGGGACAGCAACUUGGCGCCCCAGCUGCUGGGGUAUGAGGUCGAUAAGGACGUAGAUCGAUAUUGGUACAGCGAGGGAGAGAAAGCCAGGGGAGCGGUGGGAGACGAUUCGAUCAGGGCGAGCUUAUAG